GUCUUUACUGCUGUGACUCGUGGCCAUCUGCAUCAUCACUCAAAUCUGCAUAUGUCCACGCCGGUUCUCACACUGGCAGUCAAGCUGGCAGUGUUCCUAGAUGAUCAAAAUGGAAUGGCUUUCCCUCCUCCGAUCAUCCCGGGCCUGCGCUUCCCAAUUGAAUACUUCCGCUGGGGCAGGUGACUCUAGCGCCAACGUCUAGCCUCGUGUUCCCCAUUAUCCCUACAUUGACAACACCCGAGUCCAGCAAACGAAGUUUCCCCAGGGUCAUGGUCAAAGAUUUUUUACAGUAUUCUCCUAUCAAUGCUGCUGACAAUGAUAACGAGGAAUCAUUUGGAGAUGUAAAAAGGUUUCGUGCUGAACUUCGUCCUAAGUUGCAUAAUAUCAUCCGCGUGUGGCCUAUAUUGAGCCAUUGCGCGUUGAUAUGGACAUCGAUCCUCUUUUUCGCGCUAUGGAUGAGCACGCCUUCGCCCCACCUGCAUGACGACAUUCCUGUAUAUUCUCCUGCAAGUGGUGCCGUUGACUUGAUGAUCGCAAGAUUCAAUGGAACCCUCGACUUUCCUUCUAUCUAUCGUGGCCCUCCUUCUCCUCAAAUUGAUGCCGCUUGGGCCAGGAUAGCUCACGAUGUGCUACCGACUCGGAUGUCACUCGAGGAAAUUCUCAAAGCCGGCGAAGUAGAUUCACCUUCCAAGGUGAAAUAUCCAGCUGAAUUUGGUGGAGGCUUCAUGGUGUCUAUGGAAGCCCCUCACCAACUCUAUUGUCUGAAUUUACUUCGCAAAGCCUCGUGGCCCGAGUAUUAUGGACCCACGGAUAUCUCGUUCCAGGACACUCCCGAAGUAGUCCGCAUGCAUCUUGAUCAUUGCAUUGAAAUGAUCAGGCAGAAUAUUAUGUGCAAUGCCGACGUGACGAUGAUAACAUGGGACUGGGUUCAGGGACACAAAAAGCCAUACCCUAACUUCAACACCCGCCACCAAUGCAGGAACUACGAGAAAAUCUUGGAUUGGGCUGUGGAGCAUGCUGUUGAUAUACCGAAAUCGGCGGUGACUCGUUUCGAAGAUACAGUUGACAUACCCUUACCCUUCCAUCUGAUGCACACUAAUGUAUAAAGAAUA